GCUUGCUUGUAGAAAGGUAAGCAUCAGGAUCGAGACAAGGGCACCGGAGGCUUCUCUCCCAGGGAGUUAGGCAAUUGCAAAGCCUCUUGUGCUUCCCUCUUGAGCAAAGGAUCCCCUUUACACCCAUGAUUUGGAGAAAGGAUUUGUGAUUGUGAUACACCCGCACCUUCUCUCUUUGUAAAGCACGUGGAGAACGCGACUUGCAGUAACUUCGGGGAUUGAAUUUAGUAACCGCGCCAGCGCUUUGAAUUUUCUACAGCCCAGCGUUAUCUCUGAGGGGUUGACCAAGGAUGAAAAUGGAAGAUGUUCGCCCAGGCCAUAUGCAACUGGAAGUAUUGGAGAGAGAAGGGAAAUCUUCUCAUGUCUCUCAAGAUGCUGUAGGCCUCAAGCCUGAGAUGGAUUUGAUGGGAGAAGGUAAACCUCCUCAGGCAAUGCAGUUGGGAAGUACUGGGAGGACCCAUGGAUGGGCAGCCCUGUAUCGGGUGAAGGAGGAGCCAGAAGACUGUUUGGUCCGGCAUUGGGAUGCCCAAAAGCAAGUGUAUCUAAAGACCGUUACUUCCCCUCAUUUAGAGGUAAAAAUCUCACAUGGAAUGACACCAUGGGAUGACACUGAAGCCUUCCUGGCCUCCUUUGAGCAAGUGGCCAAAGCUUGUCACUGGCCCAAGGAAAAAUGGGUAGCCCAGCUUUUGCCAGCACUCAGUGGGGAAGCUGAGCGGGCUUUUAACAGGCUCGAAGCUGGAGACAGAGAGGAUUAUGGGAAAGUGAAGACAGCCAUCUUGAGAAGGGAUUCCAUCACCAGGGAGAAGCAGCGACAACAUUUUAGGCAUUUCUGCUAUCAAGAGGCCGAGGGCCCAAGGGCUGCUUAUAGCCAUCUCCAAGAACUUUGCUGUCAGUGGCUGAAAGCUGAGAGAAAUACGAAAGAGCAGAUCUUGGAGCUGCUGAUUUUGGAGCAGUUCUUGACUAUCCUGCCGCCAGAGAUCCAGAGCUGGGUCAGGGAGCUUGGUCCAGAGACCUGCUCUCAGGCAGUGGCCCUGGCUGAGGCUUUCUUGCUGAGGCAACCAGAGGCUGAGAGGCAGGAAAAUGAGGUGGAAUUGGCCACAACAGGUGUGGAUUCCUGGGAAGCAGAUCCAGCUCACUCUGAUCCCAAGCAGAAACAGUUGUGCCGGGAGCCCAAGCAGGAAGAUAGCAAUGAUGCCAGCGUGAUAGGCCAUGAGGGGUUGACCGAAGAUGAAGGGGAGAAAUGUGCGCCAGAAGAUUUGGAAGGACCAAGCGAGAUGUUGAUGUGGAAAACAAGAGAGACCCCUUCCUGGCCUUGUGAGCAGGAUAACACCUCAAUGAGCUGGGGAGGACCGGAGGCCCACCCAGAAAUCCACACGGUGGAGGAUGCGGAUGAAUCUUCUCCAUGUGAGAGAAGUUACAAGGCCUACAUUCAGAACACAGUCCAAACGGGAAGUAACUUAGGUACAAAACGAACUUCCAGCAAAGCUUAUGGGAAAUGUUUGAGUCAGAACCCAAAUGUCUCAAAGACUACUGCAGGAGGAAAAACACACAAAUGCUUGGUCUGUGGGAAGUACUUCCUCUCUAGCUCCAAACUCAUAAUUCAUCAGCGAACUCACACAGGGGAGAAGCCCUAUGAGUGCCCAGACUGUGGGAAAGCAUUCAGGUGCAGUUCAGUCCUUUACCGUCAUCAGAGAAUCCACACUGGAGAGAAGCCACACAAAUGCCCCAUCUGCGGGAGGCGAUUCAGCAGCAACUCCAAUCUACAUCGACACCAGAGAAUCCACACAGGGGAGAAACCCUACGAGUGUUCUGACUGCGGGAAGAGCUUCAUUCAGAGAGUUAGCCUUGAUAAGCACCAUAAGAUCCAUACACUUGAUGGAAAAAGCGGAGAAAAUUUCACUGUGGGCCAGAGCUGAAAGUUAACUUAAUUAUUUUUUUUUACAAAUACUGUUUCUUUCAUGGAGUUUGAACCAUAAGAUGGGAGGUAUCCCUUAUAGCCAGUUUUACUAGGUUACUUUCACCCAAGCUAUGGGCCAAAAUUUGUUUUGUGUGUGUGUGUGUGUGUGUAUAAUGUGGGAGAUAAUUUGUUUUAAGUGAAUAUCUUAGGUAACCUCAUGGUUGGAUUCCUUCAACCUUAUGGUUGGAUUCAGGGGUGGAAUUCUAGCAGAAGCUCCUUUGCAAAGUAGGCCACACCCACCUGAUGUAGCCAAUCCUCCAACAGCUUACAAAGCUCUUUUUUUGUAAGCGCUUGGAGGAUUGGCUACAUCAGGUGGGUGUGGCCUACUAUGCAAAGGAGCUCCUGCUCAAAUUCCACCCUUGGUUGGAUUACUGCAACACACUCUAUGUUAGACUGCUCGUGAAGUCAACCCAGUUGUGUUGGCUGCCAUUUUGUUUCUGAGUUCAAUUCAAGGUGCUAAUUAUGACCUUCAACAACCUUCAUGACCUGGGAUGCACAUACUUAAAGGACUGUCUCCUUCCAUAGUGCCCUCUACCCCAACCAUGGUCAUCAGGUAACCUUUUGGGGCUAUCCCACCAUUUAGUGUGGCUUAUCUGGCAUUGACCAAAGCCUGGGCCUUUUCCAUCAUGGCUCCAGCCCUUUGUUGUAAGCCACCCUGAGCCUGCUUGUGGGAUAGGGCGAGAUAUAAAUCAAAAUUAAAUUAAAUUGUAAUAGACUCCCUGAAGAGGGGAGGAGGAGGGGCCGUCCUUGGCAUUCUUCAGGAAGUGCUGCAAGGCCUUCCUGUUUGCUAGGGCAUUCGAGGGGGUUUGAACGGCAGGCAUCUUUUAAUGGUGGGGGGAGAUCUGGGGUUGGCUAUUUUAGUUGUAGCAAGAAAAUGUAUUUAUUAUUGUAAGCCACCUUCAACCCUGAGGAUAUCCGAGAUAUAAAUGUUUUAAUAAAGAAAUUCAGAGCAUU